ACGAUUAGUCUGUUCUUCGUCGUCGUGCGUUGUUGGUCGUUUGUAUUUGGUCGCGCGUUAUUCGUGUGUUGUGAGAGAAACGAGAGAGAAAGAACGAAAGAAAGGAAGAAAGAAAGAGAGAGAGAGAGAGAGAGAGAAAUAGUGCUCGCCCGCCAACAUAAAGGAAAGAAGAUCAAAGGAAAAGAGGAGGAAAUAAGAGGAAAAGAAAGAUAAUUAAGAAGAAAUAAAAAGGUCAUCGUUUAAGAGAAAUUGGAAAUGGCAUCAGCGGUCUCCUGUCGCGUAAUGUUCCUAGCGAGAUGGUGCGACGUUUCGACACGCGUAUUCACUGUCUCAUCGUCGGCAUUAAUUACAUCACGUAAUUUUCGAAACGAAACAUGGUGCAAAAGAUGGUGGCACUUUUCGCAAAGAAACAUAUCAAUAACGGCGAGAUCGUUCGAACCAAAUCUGACUAUGAUUCUCAUGAAGAAUACUCAUGCCUCGACCGCUACGAAGGACAAAAGGGAGAACAUAACUGCGACAUCCGUCACUGAACCAUCUGCUUUCGGAGCGGGGAGCGACAGAAAAAAGAGAGAAAGAGAUCGAAAGAGUCCGAUAGAGAACUACAACAGGCGGCUUUCCACGCCGUCGACGAGAAUGUUUUUUCAAGUUCGGAAUGUUACCGUGACAUAUCAGAGGGGACUGCCAAAUAUUACUUUACCUCUGCCAUCGAGAAAGGAACUCUGCGUAUUCACAUUGAAGCCGAUAACGUGUACCGUCGGUGAUUUCCUCGAUAUGAUCAAAUUCGAGGAUCGUGGUGUCGAUCGAGCGAUCGUUACGACAAUAGACGGUACUCGGAUAGGUUCGAGUAACACCAUAGAGAAUCUUUUGCAAGAUGAUUUUAAAUUAAUAAUAAACGAUGCCGAAUACACGGUACAACCUCCUAUAUAUCAGAAACAUACCAUGGAAGACAUGCAGAAGCUUUCGGACGUGCAAAUAUUGGUGGGCCAACUUUACGAAACUCUACAGGUACGUGAGUACCAUGCCGACAUGGAGAGACAAGUUUUGGCAGAGUUGGAAGCUAUCAAAUUGGAAUUAGAACCUUACGAAGAGAAGCUGCAAGAGCUGGAGAACGCAGCUAUCAGAAGAGCGAAUCUCAAUGCAUGGAUAUGGUUGGUAUUGAUGUCCAUGCACGCCGGUGGUUUUGCCAGACUAACUUGGUGGGAAUAUUCAUGGGACAUCAUGGAACCUGUUACUUAUUUCGUUACUUAUGGAACGGCAGUGGGUUGGUUCAUUUAUUUCCUAUUGACGCAGCAGGAAUACGUACUGCAGGACGUAGUGAACAGACGACGUUUGAUAGAACUACACAAAAGGGCGAAACAGGUUGGGCUCGAUUUGAAUGCGUAUAAUCGAUUGAAGGAUCGUGCAUACGAAUUGGAGGGUACACUGAGAGUAAUACGUGGUCCUUUGUACGAAAGAAAAUUGGAGAUGAAACAAAAAAGAGGAAGAUAUAGUUCGUACAAUUCAAGAUCGCCUAGUUCCUCGCCUAGUCCCUCGCCUAGUCCAAGUCCAAGUCCUGAAAGGGACGUUCCUAGGAAGACGUCAUUGGCAAAUGUCGACAAAAGAGAAACAUCGAAGACACUCGAGUACGAUAAGUUUAGAUAAGUUUUUGAUUCUAUUUACGAAUCAACACCGUAGAUAAACACCGACGUUAACGUCAACGAUCGUUGUUUUCUUGUGAACUGUAAAAAUUAAUCUUAUUGAGGAGAAGGAGAAGGAAAAAGGAGAAUAAGAAGAAGAAGAAGAAGAAGGAAGGUUGAAAGUAAACGAAAAGAGAAAAAAAUGAAAAAAUGAUAAAGGAAAAAAAAAUAGAUAAAAGAUCAAAUACUCCCGAGUGAUUAAUAAAUUAGCUCAGUUACAUUAUCAGAACGAAUACCUCGAGGAAAUUGAGAAGCUGACUACGAAGAUAUUUAUGUGACUAUACUAAUUUUUUUUUUUUUUAUUAUUAUUUAUAUAUAUAUAUAUAUACGUAUAUGUAUAUGUAUAUAUAUAUAUUCACAAACAAAACGACUGGAAUCUUCGUUGCAGUCUUCCGUGUCCGAGUCGUAUAUAUAUUGACGGCGUUCCUCAUCUUAAUGACUUUAAUAUAUUAUUAUUAUUAUUAUUAUUAUUAUUAUUAUUAUUAUUAUUAUUAUUAUUAUUAUUAUUAUUAUUAUUAUCAUUAUUAUUAUUAUGAUUAAGAAUAGGCCUGCACGUUUGCUCUACAGUGUCGGUUGUGAUAGGUUCAAAGGAAAUAAUAAUGAUGAAAAUGAAUAGAAAGAAAUCGAUAUACGCGCGAUGGUCUUCCGUGUUUUUCGUCUUCGCCAUAAUUAAUCUAACUUCUGUAAGCCGAAGCGAUUUACUAUAAAUUCUCAUUAAUCGACGGACUAUUAUCUCACGAUGCAUCGAAAACUCUAUUAAACUUAAUGAAUUGUAACAAAGGAAGACUCGUUUAAUCUUUUAACUUUAAAUUCGAUCGCAAGAAUAAGCCAGCUUUUUAAACACUUGCGAUGGAAAGUUCGUGCCACGUACGUCGAGAUGCUUCUGUUACUGGAACUCCAGCGACGUGUUACAUACGUCGUCAGGCGAUUGUUGUCAGAAAGAAAAAUGACGUGCUUGGCACAUCAACCAUGAAUUUCUUUGCACCGCCAUGUGAUUAAUACAAUUAUUUUUCAUGAUCUAUAUAUAUAUAUAUAUAUAUAUUCCCUUGAUUUCGUACAAUUAUAAAAUGAAAAUUAAACGAUUUUAUUAUCUAAAUAUAUACAAUUUACAAUUUUAAAUAUAUUAGACGAGGAUCGACGAUCAGUUAUAAUAUGCUUGAUAUGUGAUAAUCGUCUUCUUUUGAAAAUUACACGCUUAUAUUCCUAUAGGUUUUUAACUUGAUUAAACAGCGAUGAUUCUCAAUUGCUGAUCGUCGAUCAAUGACGAUAUAAAUGAAUGAAGACAUUACGAUUUUCUGUAAAGCGAUCUCACACAAACUAAACAACUAUUUUACGUGUAUGUACUUAAAUAUAUACAUAUAUAUAUAUAUAUAUAUAUAUAUAUAUAUAUAUAAAUAAAAUAUAUAUGUAUAUACACACACGCGCGCGCGUGCCCACACACA